AACUAAUGUCAAGUUGCGUUGAUUUGAUUUUGACUACAUUUCCCGCGAUGCCACGCAGCGCUCAUGCGUGCGCUUGCUGCUGUUGCGCGGCUGCUGCUGCCUUCGCAGAUCUGUAAACAAUACGGCUCGGCAGACUCCAUCUGCAACAGGCACGGGGGGGAAAUCCAGAUGAUUGUAGCAGUUGCUGAAAGCCGCUGCCGCUCCUGAACGUAGCCUCAGUUUAUAUUUGGCUUAAAGGAGACGCAACAAAGCGCACAAAAUGGUUGCGCUCAAGGCCCCGGCGAAUAAGUAGGUUUACUAUAGCUUUAAGAACGGGAAAAUAGUGUCUGCAUCUUUAAAAUUAUAUCGGUUUAUUGCUGAAUAGAUAAUUAAGAAAAGUUUUCAGUUUCUAAUCAAUAAAUUUGUGCAUUUAAUUUGCGACGAAGCCAAGUGAAAAAUGCACCACUGUUGGUUACAGGCCGCUUGUAAUCAAAACAGCAUUAAAGCAGAUGUGGCCAGUUUUUCAAUUUGUAAGUAAACCUGCUUGACUUUAAGCGGAAUCCGAGGUCGGCAGAAGUGUCCUCACGGUGAUGGAACCGGCCGGCGACCGAGCCGGGGAUGUAAAUAAAGGUGAAGAGACGACGGAGGACAAGGCCGCAGAGCAGACCCCGGCCACAAGUACAGCCGCUACACCGCGGAGGGCGCUCAGAGGCCGGGCAGCGGGCCGCCCGAGGUCCGGCGUCUCCGCUUCAUUACCGGACGUUAACGGAGCUGCGUCUAGCCCGCAGACCUCGGGACGGGUUUUGAGAGACAGGUCAACGAGGGCAGUACCGGCCUGGCUGAAGGACAGUAAGAGCGACGACGAGGACGAACCGAGCCCGGACAACGGAGCGACCAAGCGGAGGAAAGUUUCCAACUCCAGACGGAAGAAGAAUUCGGAACCUGCGGGUUCGGCUGAAGGCGGAGGAGUUGUCGCAGCAGAGAGCCUUCAAGGCACAGAUUCAGAAGAUCCCAAGAAACCUGCAGCUGAUGUUCAAGCUCAUCCCUCCAGACGUCCCCCAGCCCAGACCCGUGCCAAGCCCCCGUCUGGCAGGGCCUCCCGCAGCUCUGCCAAGCCCGUGUGUAAGACCGAACCUGGAAUGGAGAAUCCAGCCGUGGAGGGAGAGGUUAACGAUAAGGAGAAAUAUGAGAUUGAAAAGAAAGAGGAUGGUGAGGAUGCUGCUGAACCAGCCUUGGAUCACGAAGACCCUUCAUUUCAAGAUGACCCCAGCGACCUGCACUACCAGCCACAGAGUCAGAGCGGCGUAGAGGAGGAAGAAGUGAUAAGCAGCGAUGAAGAUGUUCCCUUCAGAGACGACUUGAACGACACAAGCUACGACCCGAAGGCUGAAAGGGACGUCCCCAAACCAAAGCGAAGAGCUCCUCCUAGACAGAAGGAGAAGAAAGAAAAAGAGAAGGCGCCCAGGAAAGAGAAGGUUGCAGAGGUUGCAGAGAUUAAAGUGGAAGGUUCAGACAGUUUGGAGAGCGUGCAAGAGGAAGUAAAGCUGGAAGAGGAAGUAGUGGAGGAUCCGGAUGGACCUAGGAAGAGAGGCCGCCGGAAAAAAGAUGACAAAACGCCACGGCUGCCAAAGAGAAGGAAGAAGCCCCCGGUGCAAUAUGUGCGCUGUGAAAUGGAAGGAUGUGGGACGGUGCUGGCUCAUCCUCGCUACCUGCAGCAUCAUAUCAAGUAUCAGCACUUACUUAAGAAGAAGUACGUUUGUCCUCACCCCUCCUGUGGAAGGCUCUUCCGCUUACAGAAGCAGCUGCUCCGUCAUGCAAAGCACCACACAGACCAGAGGGACUACAUCUGUGAGUUCUGUGCUCGUGCCUUCAAGAGCUCCCACAACCUGGCGGUGCACCGCAUGAUACACACAGGAGAGAAGCCCCUACAGUGCGAGAUCUGCGGCUUCACGUGUCGCCAGAAGGCGUCUCUGAACUGGCACAUGAAGAAGCACGACGCCGACGCCACCUAUCAGUUCUCCUGCUCCAUUUGCGGGAAGAAGUUUGAGAAGAAGGACUGUGUAGUGGCGCAUAAGGCCAAGAGUCACCCAGAGGUCCUGAUCGCCGAGGCGCUGGCAGCCAAUGCCGGCGCCCUCAUCACUAGCCCCGCCUCCCUGCUGGAUCUGCCGGGAAACCCCAUGCAAGCGGAAGUCUCCGGCCUGGAUGUGAGCCACGUUGAGCAGGACGUCCAGGUGGAUCAGCUGGGCCAGGACGGCCAGGUCGGCCAACAUAUGGCUCAGGUGUCCCAGAUGGGUCAGGUUGCCCAGCAAGUGAGUCACCAGGUUGUUUUACUGGGACAAGAUCCGAACCUCCACACCAUGCAGGUGCCAGUGACAAUUGCCUUGUCCCCCAUCGACCCCCCUUCCCCAGCUGACAACCAGCAGCAGACUCACCUCCAGCUCCAGAUGCCCGUCCAGUUUGUGCAGACUGCUCAGCAGCCACAGCAGCCCCAAAUCCAACAACUGACCCUCCACUCCGGCUCAGUGGUGACCCAGCACCAACCUCAGCUGCAGUCGCUGCAGUCGUACUCUUCCCAACAGCAGAGCCAGGGGCAGCCGCAGAUCCUUCAGAUGACCUUCCAGCCCGUCAGCCAGUCUCAGACCCACAUUCAGCAGAUCCCCGUUCUCACAACCUCUCAGCAGCUUCAGGCCCUGCAGACGGCAGCCCCGAGCCCUCCUCUCCUGUCCCAACCCCAGCAUUCAGCAUCCACCAACGGCGGCAGCUUUAUCCUGGACAAUCGGGCGCUUUCUUCCUCUUCUCCAGCCGGGUCUUCCCUUCAGCAGGCCGAGGUUGUGGGGGAGGACGGUGUGGUGUGGGAGCAGACAGAACAAGGGGAGAUUCUGGCUGAUGGCACUGAGAGACACGUGCAGCAGGCUCUCUUGUAAAACAAGGACGAUGCACAGAAAAUAGCAGCAGUUUGUACUGUCUUGACCUGUUUGAGGUAAAGGUAGGAUCACGAAUAUAUUACGUACUGUUCACUCAUCGUCAUAUUUGGUAGCUUUUUAGAAUAUGUGUAUCAGGGAAAGAUAUGUAUGUGUUUGUAUGUGUGUGCUGUUGACUUUGUACAUAACUGUCCCGUAACUAGUUUGAGUGUGUAAAUUGAUGAGGUUAUGUUGCAAAGCUGUUGCUAUUAUGCAAUAAUAUAACAUACCUCUUAGUAACAUACUGCACAUCGAAUGCCUUGAUGUGUUGCUUAAACAAAGUUCCUACUGGAAUAAAUCAGUUUAAUUUAUAUGUUGGAUUUAAACACAAAACACACAUUAGAAAGCUGAAACCUUUCUUGGCAUGUGUGGGGUGAGAUGUACUGUGAAAAUGUUUUAUUUGAGGGAGUUUAAAAGAAACUGACCUAAUCUCACAAUGAUGAAAUAUCUCAAAAUCUGGAGGGGGGGAAAAAAAAUAGCUUCACUGGCAUGUAAAACGUCCCAAAACGUGUAUUUUAGAGAAAUUAAACCAGUUUCAAUAAUAUUUGUGCAGUUGUUUGAGAAAAAAAAGUUUUUUAGUUGAAGGAAUAAUAGCUCAUAUAGUUUCAUUCUUACGCAAGUUCUUGGUCCAAAUGUGACCCGGGACACUGCUAAUCACAUAUGAACACUUUAAAUAAUGGCAAGCACAGUCACUGACGUGUCUAUAAUAAUCUUCGAAGUGUAUUUUAUUUGAUAAGCAGAGAUAUGUAGAAACCUUAUAAUAUGUUGAUCACUCACGUGUGCUAGAGGAAACACAAACUGUCCAUUUAUAAGAUGUAAAUAAAUGUCUUAACAUUUAA